AUCACAAAAGACAGGCAUGUGUGUAUUCUAUAUUUACCGAAAUAGACAGGAAAGCAUGAUCUAGUUUGAUAACUGGAUUGCUGAAAUAUGGCCGACAAAAUCUCUUUUCUAGUUAUCGCGGUGUGUGUGCUUGGAGCCCGUGGGGACUGUCCAAAUGGAUUUACCCGGCAUGACAAUUCCUGUUACGUCAUCAACAAUGUCCUGGCCACGUGGGCGCAAGCUAGUAUCUACUGCCAUGCAAUCAAAGCAGAAUUGGUCUCCAUAGAAACACAGGCCGAGGACAUCUUCCUGCGAGGAUUUCUACAAAAUGAAGGCUCAAAAUACGACCCCCCUCGUUUCUGGGUCGGAGGCAGUGACCUCCUUCAAGAAGGGGAGUGGACCUGGACCAAAACGGGAAGUCUGGUGGGGUCACAGGGCUUUUCUCACUGGGGUCCGGGACAGCCGGACAAUGGCAGCCAUUCUGACGAACAUUGUAUGGAACUGGAGUCGGGACAUAACUGGGCUUGGAACGAUGACGAUUGCGAGGACACAAAACACUUCAUUUGUGAGAAGUCACUCUACGAUGCAAUGGUCAUUGGUUGAGCAUUUCUGCAACAUUAAAUGUAUAAACAUUUA